UUCCCCCAAGCGCCUGCUCCGUGCAGGGUCUAGCCCUCACUGGAGUGUGAGAGCUGCACUCACCCAAGCCAGUGCUCCAGAAGUUAACACACACGAAUAAAAAGCAGCCCAGCACAAUCCUGGGCAGGUUUCCCCCUGGGCAGGGCUGGCCAGCCUCUGGUCGAGUCCUGCUCCUCCUCCUCCUCCUCGUUGCCCCUCGGACAUCCCGAGCAGCCCCUGCCUCUGUGCGCGGCUCUGCGGACCCGCAGCACCCGGUCAGCAACGGCUGCCCUGCUCCAGCAAACGGUGCCUGGGCAUGGUGGGGCUGGGGACACCCCUUCUGUCCUGGGUCACCCCAGCAGCUUUGCCACCUCCUCACGCAGGGCCCAUCCUGGGGUGAGGGGACAAAGCCACCACCCCCACCCAGACCGAAGGCAGGCGAGCACAGCGCAGCCAGCAAAGGGAGAACUCGGCAACCGGGUGCUGCCGUCGGUGUUUGGAGGUCAGCCAAGCCCGGCUCCGUGGGGCAGCUGGAUCCACCCUGCCGGCACAAACAGCCAUCAGAGGCCACACCAGAGCUCCAGGCUCGCGGAUCUGUGCGACAUGAAGCCAUGGAUUACAGCUGCGAGACGCAAAACUUUCUCCAGCUGCUGCUGCAAUCCUGCCCACGCUCCGGCGUGCACCAGAGCACCACUGGCACCCGGCUCUCCCACCAGCACUGCCCAACGCGCCAGCUGGGGCCGGGCAUCCUCACCGGCCUCUAUAUAUACAGCACAAACGCGGGCUGUGAGAAGGCUGUCCCUGAGCCAGUGCUGGUGCGCGAGGAUGUGGCUGUACCUGGCAGCGGUGCUGGUGGGGCUGUUCCUGCUGCGGCGAUGGCACCGGGAGCGGCUGAUGGUGCCGGGGCUCUCCGAGAAGUACGUGCUGAUCACGGGCUGCGACAGCGGCUUCGGGCACCUGCUGGCCCAGCAGCUGGACGCGCGUGGGCUGCGGGUGCUGGCCGCCUGCCUGACCGAGGCCGGGGCUGCGCGGCUGCGGGCAGCCACCUCGCCGCGCCUGCAGACCCUCCUGCUGGACGUCACCUCCAGCCAGAGCAUCGCCACCGCCGCCGCCUGGGUCCGGGAGCGUGUGGGUGACCAAGGGCUCUGGGGGCUGGUGAACAAUGCAGGCAUCAGCAACCCUACUGCCCCGAAUGAGUGGCUGACCAAGGAUGACUUCGUCAGGGUGCUGGAUGUCAACCUGGUUGGCCUCAUCGAGGUGACGCUGAGCCUCCUGCCCCUGGUGCGGCGGGCGCGGGGCCGGGUGGUCAACGUGGCCAGCAUCCUGGGCCGUAUCUCCUGUUUCGGUGGGGGGUACUGCAUCUCCAAGUUUGGUGUGGAGGCCUUCUCCGACAGUCUCCGGCGUGAGAUGCGACCCUUCGGGGUGCAGGUGUCCAUCAUCGAACCCGGCGCCUUCCGGACAGAGAUAGUCAACCCCACCACUCUGGUCAACGGCUUCAAGCACGUCUGGGGGCAGCUCCCGGCAGAAACCCAGGCAGCCUACGGCCACCACUACCUGGAGACCUAUGCCAGGAGGACCAUCCUGCUGCACCGCCUGAGCAGCUCCUGCCUGUCCCCUGUCACCGAUGCCAUGGCACACGCGCUGCUCGCCCGCUUCCCCCGCAGCCGCUACACGGCUGGCUGGGACGCCCGGCUCGUCUUCCUGCCGCUCAGCUACUGCCCAGCCUGGCUCAGCGACACCAUCAUCAGCUUCUUCUUGCCCGUCCUGGCCGGGGGGACGGCUGGGCACCCCUGAGGGUGGCCGCCAGACUGGGGAUGCGGACACAGUGCACACGGGCACCUGCUCACCUCCAGCCCCUGUUAAUGUGCUCAAUAAAGCUGGUGCAAA